CACUGAUUCCUAAUACAGUGCCUUCGACUUCCACUGCCACCGAAGCAGACCAAUAAAAUAAUGUUUUACUACUAGUUUCAAAGAAAGAUUUGACGUGCCAACCUAAUCUUGUUUUUGGGAUUAAGACUAAUGUAGCUUCCACUUUGUCGUGCGUACGAGCAUUCCCGCCGCAAAAUCCAAUCGAAAAGAUAAUGCCGAUCCCGUUACGUAUUCAACUGGUACGGGUGCGAGUACGAGUACUGGUGUUCAUACUCAGCUGGGCGAUCGGAGUGGUUGUUUCAACGAAUAAGCUCGGAUCGAAACGAAACGAAACGAAACGCAUCGGAUCGUCCGAGACGUGCGAAAGCAUUACCAUCAUGUCUACGACCACCGCCAUUCUGUCCCAGCCAUCCGCCGCGGCUGCUGCAACCCGUGCAGCAAUGGAGGUACGGUGGGUGCAACUACAGCAGACGCAAAGAAUCAGAGUUUUUGAAUCUACGUAGGUUUGUUAGCAUAUUCUCAACAGUUCGUACCCAUGCAUUCGCAUCGGCAAUGGAAUGGUUGGUUUUCUUUUCUUCUUUCUUUCUUUGGAUUCGCCUUGGCUGGUAGUUAGUUCGGGUGUCGGCGUCGCCUCCAUCCAGAACGGCCUUUUGACCGCGGCCACCAUAAAGGCCCUGAGCCAGGCGACCUUUACGAUUUUGCUGCCCAUGUUUCUGGGAACCUCCAUCGUAAAAACCAUCACCUCGUACGGACUGACCAGGUCCUCGCUAGUGGUUCCCGCCAUCGCCGCCCUGCAAUCCUUUUUGCUGUACGUGAUUACCACCCGGGUGUUGUAUCCGCUCUUUCUCACCCAAGACGAGCGCGCCACCGACGAAGCCAGUGGGGCCGCCGUCUGUGCCUCCUUUGGAAACGGGGGGGUCCUCCCGAUUAUCUUUUGCGAUUCGCUCUUUCGGCAGCGGCAAAACGACUUUCUAGCACUGAGCACCGGGUACGUUUCCAUGUUCCUGGUGGGCUGGUCGCCCUUUUUCUGGGCAUUCGGUCGAUCGGUAUUGAUGGGCGGCGGCAACGAUGCCGGGGCCCAAAACAACCGUCCGUCAGCCAAGCACAGCACAGGGCACGUUCUUUCCCUCGCCAAAAAGAUGGUCCCCCCGCCCGUGAUGGGUGUGCUGCUUGGCAUGGUCGUCGCCACCGUCCCGAUCCUACGGAGCGCCUUUGUGGGAACCGCCAGCGGGGACAGCCGCGCACGUGCGCCGCUGGGGGUGGUCUUCGACACGGCCCAGAAUUUCGGAAAAGCCGCGAGCCCGUUGUCCCUGCUUGUGCUGGUGUCCUCCCUGGCCAUGGGAGCGGGCUUUGGGAAGAAAGCGCCACCGGCGCCGGCGAGGGAACAGGGCGGCAGCCACCAGCCCGCUGCCCCCGCCAAAUGCACCCUGCCGUUCUACAAGCGCUGGGCCAUUGUGUCGUUCUCGCGGUGCGUGGUCUCGCCCGCGCUCAUGCUGGGGCUCCUCAAGGCCGCCUCCUCGGACCUCCUGCGCAACAGCAUCGGGAGUCCCCUAGAGCAGCCGAUGCUCUGGUUCGUCUGCCUCCUAGAGUCCUGCAUGCCGCCGGCCCAGAACCAGGUCGUGAUGCUGCAGGUCGCCAACAAGAUGGAGCAGGCCAACGAGAUGGCCACUUUUUUGUUCGGCGUGUACGCCACCUCCAUGGUGCCGCUCACGGUGAUUGUUAGCCUCGCCCUCGAUCGGCUCGGGUUGAUGUGACGGGGUGGUGGUGAGCGAGAUGCCAUUGCGAAUCCAUGCAAUGCUACCGAAUGCUGGGAAUGCGUGUUGUGCAAGCAGUAGACAUCACCAUUUUUGGCAAAGGGGAAACAAAAAGAAUCCGCUUGC